ACCAAUGCAGAAUGCAAUUCCUCCAGAACUUAGCAAAUGAUUUUCAAGAGUUGCUGUGGCCUAAAAAUUCUUUGCCUUGUGGUCAACAAGAUGAUUUGCUUCUCCGAAUUCAGCUAGCCUGUCAUUCUCCAAAUGACAAAUGGUAAAAGGACAUGAAUAAGCAGUUUUUAAAAGGAAGCAGCUAUCUAGGACCAUAUAAAAAACUCCAAAGCACUGAUAAUCAGAACAGUGCCAAUUAGAGAAAAUUCAAGGGUCUACCUCAAACUCCUCAAAUUGGCAGAGCUGAGAAAAUAUGAUAAAUGCUGGGGGAGCUGUAGGAAAACAGGCACAUUAAUGCACUACUGAUAAAGCUGUGAAUUAUUUUAGCCAUUCUCGAAAGCAAUUUGGAACUGUGCCCAAAACAUUAUGAAACUGGCAUACCCUUUGCCCCAGCAAUAACACUGCUGGUUCCAUAACCCAAACAUAUCAAAGAGAGAAACAGAACCCAUAUACACAAAUAAUAUUUAUAGUGUCUCUAUUUGUAAUAGAGGGCCUCCGAUUGGCCAACCAAAUGUUAGCAUUUUAUCUUUCAGUGGUUUCCCAUAUUCUACAAAUAGCAAGAAAAUGCAAAUAGCAAGAAAGUUUUUUUUUUUACUUUUAUGAAAGCUGCAUGGUUGAUAUUUCAGAAACGCAGUUUUCCCUUACAAUGUUUUUGUCUUCCUGAACCCAUCUUUUCGAUCUAAAUAUUCUAGAUAGUGUAGAGUUAACCCCAAACUUACCUGCUAUCAAGUUAUGGACAUGAAAAAUAGAUCUAUCUGGCACAUGUGCUGAAAAUAUGCAAGGUGAACAAAGUGGGUUUUAGACACAACUCCUGUUAUACAUGACUACCUUAUUCAAAACGAAAGGAAGGCAAUAUAGUUCAGAGUGCUCUCUGAAGUUCUUACUUCUACCAUCCACCAGAGACCUAGAUGAAACUAGGACUUCUGGUGCCUAAGGCAGAUCCACUUAGAGAAGCACAGAAGACAAUCUCCUCUAGUUUUACAGUGUUACUAGGAGGGGAAUAAGAGGUGUUUCAGGGAAUCUGACCCCAGCCCAAUCCUGUACCAGUAGAGCAAGGCAGGGAGAGGGAAGAUGAGACAAUAAGCCAGGGACAGAGGAGUCAGGCCAGAUGAACCCAGUGGUUGAAUGUGAUUCUCAAAAAGUAGAGCUACAUAACGUGGGAUUCAUAUGGAACCACUGAAGUGAGUAAACCAGUGUGUUAAAGGAAAAUUCCAGUUACUCUGUCCUAGCUAUGGACUUGUGACCAGGGACAAAAGAACAUUCAUUUGGCUUCCUACCAAAAUAUUUCCUCCUUUCCCAUUGGUUAUCUUUUGCUCUCUGUGCAUAUUUUAUACAUCUAUAAUUAUUUAGUGUUACUUCCCUCACUGGAAUGUAAGCUCCUUAAAGGCAGACACUGUUUUAUGUCCCCCCCUUUUUUUUUUUGUAUUCCAGUAUUAGCACAGGGUCUGGCCCAUAGUAAGUAGUCAAUAAAUGCUCACUAUUUCAUAAGUAGAUUAUUAAAACAAUAAGUUCAUAUAGGAACUAAUGGAGGAGGAAAAAUCAACUUGGGAUAUAAUCCAAAUAAAUAUAUAAAUUCAUGUCCAUAUUGCCAUUACUUGGGAGCAAGGCCAUUCCCUUUGGUUCAUUCUUAUAGAGAAUGAACAAUGUUGGCAAGGAGCCAGUUGGAAAGGUUUAUGGGCGGCAUUUCAGAAAAAAAGUUGAAAGCCAAGUAACAGGAAAAAGCAGACAUGUUAAUAAUUGGAACGAAAGAGAAGGACAAAGUUUGAACUCUGAUACCCAAGAAGCUAAGACGCUGGUGAAGAUAAAAGGAAACCUUACCAAGGAACAGCGGCGAGUGGGGACGAAGAAGCUCAAAGGUCUCAGUCCUUAAUAUUGACUAUGGUAGGAGUUCAGACACAUUUGAAAUUUCAGACCAAAAAAAAAAGCUCUUGGACAGCUACAAAGAAAUCAUGGUGUAACUGCUGGUAUGAGAACUCUGUCCCUUGGGAAGAGACCGGGACAAGAUUAUGGUGAGAUGAAAGAGAAGGAGCAGCAAAUCCUGUGGCCAAAUACACAGCAGAAACACCAAAAAACUAACAUCUGAGCAUUCCGGAGUACAGAAGAAGCCUUGGUGGAACUGCAGGAAAUUUUUUUCCAUGAGAAGAAAAGUAAUUUUCCCAAAGAAAAGGAAGAAACUUGAAGCAUCAUUCUCUGUUCCUGAUCUUCGUAUUUUUCCAGUCUAACCAACCAUGGAUUGCUUUAAAACAAGGCAACAUUCCUGGAUUUUUCCCACUGUCAUUCUCUGUAUCUAUGGAUUUUUCUCCAUGGCUAGACCUUCGGAACCAUUUAUCAUACCUUACUUAAUUGGACCUGAAAUAAAUCUGACACUCAGUCAGGUCUCUAAUCAUAUGUUUCCAGUUUGGACUUACUCUUACUUGGUGCUGCUCUUCCCUGUGUUUGUGCUGACUGAUUACCUUCGGUAUAAACCUGUCAUCAUCUUACAGGGAGUUAGCUUUGUGAUCACAUGGCUGCUGCUCUUAUUUUCCCGAGGAUUAUUAGCUAUGCAGAUUGUGGAAUUUUUCUAUGGGUUGGUCACUGCCACAGAGGUGGCCUAUUACUCCUACAUUUACAGUGUGGUCAGUGUGGAACAUUACCAGAAAGUAACAAGUUACUGUAGAAGCAUCACACUAGUGUCUUACACCGCUUUUUCUGUCCUGGGACAACUCUUGGUCUCCCUGGCAAACGUAACUUACUUUUACCUCAACGUUAUAACCAUGGUCUGUGUCUCCUUGGCAUUCGUUUCCUCAUUUUUUCUGCCAAUGCCCCAGAGAAGCAUGUUCUUCCAUAAAAAACCCACUGCAAAAGAAAGUUCUCCAGGAUCAUCGCCAGAUGAAGAGUCACCUAGUCAUGGAAGUUCUGUCAGCCUAGAAGGUGGCAUCAUUUCAGAAUCACCAACCAAAUCGGGAAUACAGCAAGAAAGCUGUCCUCCUGGCCUCCAGCAUAAAAACCUGAUGCUGAGGGUGUUUUUGCAGUGGUGCCAAGACUUGAAGGAGUGCUACUUGACCAAACAUCUUUUAUUCUGGUCCAUUUGGUGGGCUUCUUCCACAGCUGGCUUUAACCAAGUGGUAAACUAUGUCCAGGUUCUAUGGGAUCACAAGGCACCAUCUCAGAAUUCUCAAGUGUAUAAUGGAGCAGUAGAAGCUGUUGCAACAUUUGGAAGUGCUUUGGCAGCCUUUGCUGUGGGAUAUCUAAAAAUCAACUGGGAUCUUUGGGGAGAAUUGGCUUUAGGAAUCUUCUCAGUCCUUGAUGCUGCUUCAGUAUUCCUCAUGCUUUUCACCAACAAUAUCUGGGUGUGUUAUGCCGGCUAUUUGAUUUUCAAAUCAGGUUAUAUGCUUCUCAUAACCAUUGCAGUUUUUCAGAUUGCAGUAAACCUCAGCAUGGAGCGCUAUGCCUUAGUGUUUGGAGUCAACACCUUUGUGGCUUUGGUGAUUCAGACCAUAACAACAUUUAUCGUGGUUGAUUCUAAAGGUCUGAGUCUGCCUGUUGAAACUCAGUUCCUAGUUUAUGGAAGCUACUUUUUAGUCAUCGCUGGAAUUUUCAUAGUGAGAAGUAUUUAUAUAAUCUAUUCCAUCAAAUGCAAAAAGGAGAAAAGAGCGACGAUCACCAAUCUGAACCCAAGUGAAGGAAAACCAGAGAAAUGUGUCGAAUCAACACAGCUUUAGUGUCCACACUGGUCUCAUUGUUUUACAGAAAAACAGAAAAUUACUUUGACUGCAAAUGUGAUAGCUUGAAAAAUUAGAUUUCUAUGUUUUGCCAUGAAUCAAAAUAUAUGAGUUGAUUAAAUUCUAGUUGACUUGUUCCAAACUGCCAUCAAUCUCAGUAUUGCUGGGUCAGAUCUUUAUCUAACCUCAGGUCAAAUUGGGUGUCACCAAAAGAUUUGGUCACCCUGAUUAAUAGAGCCUAUCCAUGGUGAUCCAGUGAAGAAGUGGGUCUCCAAAUCCUAAUUGCACUAGUUUAUCAUCAGGACAACUGAAGCUUUCUGACAACCUAAGGAUCUUCUUGCCAAAACAAAUAGCUCUCAAGAAAAUGUUAUCUAUUGCAUCAGUCUUCCUUUGCAAUUAAGCACACCUUCUGUACUACUUAUUAUUCUUCUGGAGAAAUGCAGCUUUUUGUGCCUGUGUCUGAAGGACACCCCACUGAACUCUGAAAUGCUAAAAUGUUGCUGAGAAACUGUCAUCACCCAUCACUCAAUGGGUCCCCAGCAACUUGUUCCUUAUCUAUCAAACAAUGUUGUCCAGUUACUAAAGCAUAGGAAUAAAUUUCAGAAAUUCCUUAGCUAGAUCUGGUUCUGACCUCAGUUCCACAGUUACCCAUAAGUCUCAGUUUGACUCUUCUUCAUUUUCCUAACAUGGAAAAUAGGAAAAUAAUAUGGAGUAAAAGGAUGCACUGGAUACACUAGAGAAGGAUGGUAAACCAUUCCAAUAUCCUUGCCAGGAAAGUCCUAUGACUCAUGGGGUCAUGAAGAGUAAGACAUGAGUGAAUCAACAACAAUAACAUGGAGUAAAUCAUUUUCUUGUUACCAUUAUCUAGAAAGAAAAGAUCUACUGGAAAGAAUUUCUGAAAUCUCUAUUGAAUUCUCCCUCAAAAAAUGCUCUUAGUUAUUUAUUGACCUUCACUUUCAAAUGAAUGUUGGUAGCAAAUAAAAUUUUUUUCUAACCUUC